CUCUCUCUCUCUCUCUCUCGCAGAUUCUCUAGAAUUCCCACUUCCCAUAAAAUCUUCCCCAAAGAAAAAGAAAAAGAAAAAAAAGCGGACCCUGUAAGAAGGGAAACCAUUUAAUAGUUUGGUUGUAUUGGGAACACUAACCUUAACAUGAUGCCAAAGCUUCUGACUCAUCAUUGUUGCUGAACUCUCACUUCGACUCAUUGCCGCAUAACACAAGUGUGUCCCUUCACUCCUCACAACCACACACAUUGAGAAGUCAGGAGUAUUAAUGGCUCAAAAUAUGUCUGGUUCUGAUUCACAUAAAAAACGGCCAGGCCUUUUAAAAGAUCAAGUCCGAUUAGUUAAGAGGAAGGAUUCCAAUUAUUAUGAGAUUGCACCAAUCCAAAGUUCUCUGUCAUUUGAGAAGGGUUUCUUUAUUGUAAUCCGUGCAUGUCAGUUGCUAGCCCAAAAAAAUGAUGGAAUAAUAGUGGUAGGAGUGGCGGGUCCUUCUGGGGCUGGAAAGUCUGUGUUUACUGAAAAAAUACUCAACUUCAUGCCGAGUGUUGCGGUCAUAUCCAUGGACAACUAUAAUGACGCCAGUCGAAUUGUUGAUGGCAACUUUGAUGAUCCACGUCUGACAGACUAUGAUACAUUGCUCCAAAAUGUUAGUGACUUAAGAGCAGGGAAAGCGGUUGAGGUGCCAGUUUAUGACUUCAAGUCCAGUUCCCGCACAGGAUACAGGACAGUUGAAGUCCCAAGCUCCCGUAUCGUGAUCAUUGAAGGCAUCUAUGCUUUGAGUGAAAAGUUGCGGCCUUUACUGGAUCUACGAGUAUCUGUCACAGGUGGUGUUCACUUUGACCUUGUUAAAAGGGUUUUACGGGACAUACAGCGAGCUGGCCAACAACCAGAAGAAAUAAUUCAUCAAAUAUCGGAAACAGUAUACCCAAUGUACAAGGCCUUUAUCGAGCCAGAUCUUCAAACUGCUCAUAUAAAAAUUGUGAACAAGUUCAAUCCAUUUACUGGAUUUCAAAGUCCCACUUACAUUUUAAAGUCAGCGAAGCCCUUGUCGGUGGAUCAAAUAAAGGCAGUCUUUACUGAAGAGCAUACAGAAGCCAAGGAAGAGACUUAUGAUAUAUAUCUUUUACCACCUGGUGAAGAUCCAGAAUCUUGUCAAUCAUAUCUGAGAAUGCGGGAUAAAGAUGGGAAAUAUAGUCUCAUGUUUGAGGAGUGGGUGACCGAUAAUCCAUUUGUUAUAUCACCAAGAAUAACUUUUGAGGUCAGUGUGCGUCUUCUUGGUGGACUAAUGGCUCUGGGAUACACAAUUGCAACUAUCCUUAAAAGAAGCAGUCAUGUGUUCUCCAAUGAUGGUGUCUGUGUGAAAAUUGAUUGGUUAGAGCAACUAAAUCGUGGAUAUAUUCAGGUGCAAGGAAAGGAUCGAGUAGUAGUAAGAUGUGUGGCAGAGCAGCUUGGCUUGGAAGGUUCAUACAUCUCUCGAACCUACAUUGAACAAAUUCAACUGGAAAAGCUGGUGAAUGAGGUCAUGGCCUUGCCAGAUGAUUUGAAGACAAGGCUUAGCCUAGAUGAGGAUGUUGUUUUGAGCCCCAGAGACGCACUUUCUAGAGUCUCUGCAGCUGUCAUGAGAAAUAAGCAUCUCAAGAGUGGUAUGUCGCAGUCAUAUACAAACCAAAGGGACAAAAGUACAUCCAGGCUCACUGGAUAUUCCAAUGGUCAAGGGUUUGAUGACAGAAAUUCAGAAUCACAAGCAACACUAGCAAGCCAGGGAGUCAUUACUCAGCUUUCAGAACAUAUUUCGUCAUUGAAUGAGAGAAUGGAUGAGUUUACGAAUCGAAUUGAAGAGUUGAAUUCCAAGUUGACUGUGAAGAAAAGUUCUAGCCAACAAAACCUGGCUCUUCAAGCUGAAACCUGCAAUGGCUCCGCUCCCACUUCUUAUUUCAUCUCUGGCUUAGGCAAUGGGUCCUUAACUGGAUCUAUAAUGCCAAACUCCUCGUCUUCUGCCCAGCUGGCUAAGGAUUCUCCAGCACUGGAAGAGAUAUCAAAUAUUACAAGGGGACAAAGGCAAAUCAUGCAUCAAUUGGACAAUCUCAAUAAUCUUCUCCGAGAAAGCAUGGGAGAGAAAAAUCGACCAGCAAGAACUAACAGCAGUAAAGGAACAGAUGCUCGUUCUGAACGCAUGACAGGUCCUCUUGCAGUAACGCUUGCUGUUGGCAUUAUAGGAGUCGUCAUAUACAAGGCCAUCUUAAAUCGAAGCUGAUUUGACUUGAGAACUUAACAAACUAAUAGACUUUUCGCACCUGAGUUGUAAUGCAGUACUACCCUGCCCUUCUUCCCGGAAAACACAGUUAACAGAUAGAGAUAGCCAAAGCAACGAUAGGAGCCAGAGAGCUUCUUUGAGAGUUUGUUACAAGAAGGGAACCGUAGCAAUUUUGAAAUUUUGUGGGAUACUUGCAUUAUUUCAUGGCAUUUCCAUUGAAUUGCUAGUUUUAACAAAAAGAAUAUGAAUUUCAGAAUUACAGUCAUCUCUCUUGAGCCA